AUGCCGACUACUAGAGAAACUGCUGUAGGAUACCGACGAAACGGCAAGAAGCAAGCUUGUGAGCCUUGUAGGAAAGGAAAAUUGGCAUGUGAUCAUGGGGCCCCUUUUUGUGGGCGUUGCGUACGGCGGAAGACCACGGAACGUUGCGUAUACCAUCCAGCUCCUAUGUCUAAGAGCCGAAACUCAGAGCCACUACCUACACCUCAACAAACUCCAAGCGUUACCUCUGCCAGCUCUUCGGUUCCUGCUCAGCGUCCCGCUCGAGCCGGACUUCCUCCUCAUCUGGCCACACUAAAUAAUGGAACAGAUGGAGCUAAAAGUACAAGUCAUGGGCACUCGUCCAAGGUCUCAUCGACUGGCUCGGAGUCACCCGUGGCUAAGCUCCGUGACACUACCUUAGAUAUGCAACUGCUUGGCUAUUGUAAUGCAUCCAUCUGGGCAAACUUCGAAGAGCCACUGUCUCAACCACGUUCGGCACCUUCACUCACCAUAAUGUCCGAUGCUCUUUUCAAGAAUGAAGAAGCUCCUUUACCGCCUAGUCCGGACGAUGCCGUUGAAUGGCUCGACACCUUUACGGGACCUAACAUUAGGUUUGAAAUGAUGGGACUAAUGUUCUGUUUUUAUGGAAUGGGAUAUCUGGCGUUACAAGAUUGGGAUCCUCUGUUCAGCGUCUCGGAAAACCUUGGGCGGGAUAGAAAGCAGACUGCUUGGAGAAUGAAAGAAUGUGCAGAAGUCUGUCUAGACAUGUGCGAUUGCUCUGAGACGGUCAACUAUCUCGUCGCAGCUCUAAUAUUGAACUUGAAGAGGCUUGAGACUGCCUGUACUGGAGACGAAACAUACCACAUGCGCCGGCUCCAUGGAGAUAUGAUUACGACAACAAUCACUUCAGGACUCCAUAGGCUGUCGGACUGCGAUGCUACAAAAGUCACCGCUGCCUCAGAGUACAAGAGACGACUAUUUUGUGCAAUAUACUGCAGCGACAAGACACAUGCAUCCUUGAGUGGAAUACCUCCCUUGUUAACGCGAACCUUCUGCGACAUCCAACCUUGUCUUGAUCUACCUGAUGAUGCCUUGCUCUUGCCACAAGAUGAAAUGGCAGUAGCUGUGAGCCAAUUGGAUGCCGAAGGAUGGAACACAUCGGGUUCCACGUAUCAGUUGACUACACUUUUAAGAGCGAGACUCCAACAAUCUGUACUUCGUGAAGAGAUCCUAGAACUGGCUUUGGGCAUCAAUGUUCAGGUUUCGAUAUCACGUAUAGGAGAGAUGCAUCGACGUUGUCAAGAAGUGUAUGAUGCACUUCCUCCUCAACUCCACUAUUACGAGGGACCAGGUGUGCCAAAGACUCUUACCGGCACCGACCUAUAUGAUAGAGCGAACUUGCUCCUACAAUUCCUACAAAACAAAUUCCUAAUUGACCGAAUUGCACUUGCUCGAGGCCUAGACAACGGACAAAGCCUUCUCAAUACUGCUAUUGAGUCCAUCGAUAUUGCCCUAUUAUACUGGAUGAAACGCGAUCAGCUCAUGUCUUUUUCUUGUAAUUUUGAUUGGAUUGUCACCUUCUACGGCAUCCCGUCUGCGGGAGUGAUUUGCGUUGAACUUCUCAAGAAAGCAGCGAGCCAGAGUACUGUAGAAUUUUCUCUCUCAGACGCAAUCCAAAAACUAACACUGUUCAUUGCAUUUCUGGAAUGGAUUCGCCCAACGGAUGGCAACUAUGCUCUAGCUCAGCGGCUGAGAAAAGUCAUAAGGCGUGUUCUGGACUAUGUUUUGGAGGCUAGAAAUGAAACAGCCAAAGCACCUAAUCCUGAAAUCCCGUUCGACCCGAUGUUGACGUCGUUCACAGAGAUGGAUGAUUUAGACUGGUUAAAUACCAUAGACUGGACUCAACAAGCAUCGUGGAUGGACUUCAAUUGA